AUGAUUAAAACCCUGUUAGGUCAGAAAAAGGCUACUGAAGAUCUGGCAGCCAAGUUGAAUACAGUACCCACUUACAGAAGACAAAAUGUACAGCCUCAGCUCCAGCUUCAGCAGCGACAGCCUAGAAUUAAUGUAGAUGGUGACAGUGUUAUCAAUGUGGAGCAUCAGGAGACUGCCCGAAACUGCAGUGCAAGAAGUAGACCGCCACCCCUCCAGAACCUCAACCAGGCCUCCACCUAACCUGUCAAACUAAAACUAACCCCCUGCUGCUGAGUCAGGCAACAGAACAUUGAUUUACAUACAUACUUAGCAAUAUAUCGCUAUAGGUGAUGCAAACGGUAAUUCCAUUACAUUUACUGUAAAAUAACAUUCGUUACACACAGAUUGUAGGGGCACCCUGUAGUCCAAUACACUUUAAGCUGCAGGAAAAGCUAUGACUUCAGAGGAUUUGUGGGCAAAAUCGAUGUUAGGAUCCAAGUGGAAUGAUCAUAGCUGUAGACACUGGCUACUGAGGAUAGUAGCCUGGUGAAGAUUCAAUUGUUGUUAUCGAGCCCCUAAUCAUGGUAAUCAUGAGCACCCUUUUAUCAGUCAGUCACAGACGUGGUGAAGUACGAGUUGCUGACAUAGCACAAGGAGGACGUGGAAGGACUCCCACACAUUGAUGCUGGCUCUAAGAGUUUAACCCUGGAGAUGAUAGCUACAUGGUGCCUCAAACAUUCCACCAUAACACCGGACAGUGGGCCAAAACUUCCAAGUGUUACGUUUCGUAAGGUGAUCUUUUUAGAAAAAGGGGAAAAGGCAGGAGGAUAAGAAAAAAAACAUGAACUGAUAAUAGUCUCAAUCAUUAUUGUAAGAUUGGCAUUACCAGAAUUCGGGUCACCAAUCAUAUUUCCUGUAUUAUCUGCAACUCCAUUCUUUUGCUAAAAGAAAAUGUCUGACUUCUUGGGCAAUCAAAAUCGGCAGAAAAUGGAUGCCGAACUCCAAAUUACUAGCCCUCAUAAAAACUUCAAGAACUGGAAGGAUGUCGAUGAAACUAAACUAGCCUUGGCAAUUGAAAUUCCAUAUUUUUUGUUGACGAAUGGCAUGGGAAAGUCUCUGGCAAAACCGAUUCUGCAGCCACUGUCCCAGACAAACUUUACCUACAAUGUGUGAUGAGUUGCCCAAAUCAUAUUUAAUAACACAGAAACUAAGCCAACUCAACAACAUUUGCACACUUGAAAAUGUACCUGGACACCACCGAGGUGCUCAAAUAUCAUUCAGACAUUAAGAUCUCACAUUAAAGACCUUCAGAAAAAGGAUCCCUCAUUUGGUAUAAAUAAGCCUGUUAAGAUCAAGAUCAGUGGUGAUGGGGCGAAAAUGUCAAGGAGCACAAACUUCCUGAUUCUGUCUUUUUGCCUCCUCCAAACAGGCGAGAAAGUCAUGUUGUUAAAAGGAAACAGAACAACUGCUAUUGUCAAUGGCCCAGAAAAAUACGACACCCUUGAACACUCUUUCUCAUUAGUCAUCAAUGACAACAAUUGUGAAACUGUGCCCCUUGGAGCACUGUUGAACUUUGAAUGA